GAAGGGAAAAGAAAUUCGGAGUGUAAGCGAUUUUUUCUUUAAUGAUGCCUUGAAGUUGUUCAUUUUUGUGUGACGCGCUUUGUGUUGAUUCCGUGGCGUGUUGAGAGGCGGAAGUAAGACGAAAAAAGAAAGGAAGAAAUGAGUCGGUUCAGGAUCCGACUGAGUCUCGGGAGUGCGUUAGUGUUCAGAAGCACGACGCUUUUGCAGCCAGGUUGCGGACACAGUGCAUUCGUCGUCCGAUCCACGCCGACCCUUUUCGAUUCGGAGGAGAGUCGAGAGCGGCGCCGUUGUGGGUGGAAAGUGUGGCAAUGCGGGUUCGCUGUUGGCGAUGCUGCUUUGCCGGUGAAGGAGGCCAAGGGGAAGGAAGCACCGGAUCCUGUGAACACUAGUGCUACGGAAACCGUUGGUUCGAAGGUUAAGAAGAAAAAAAUGAUGGAGGCCCUUCCGAGUACGUCGGUUGAUCGAAAUUUCAUCACUGCCAUUCGAGCAAUGUCGGAUUUCCUCUUGAAACCGUCCGAUUUGGAAGGUCUAAGGAAGACCCGUCGAAGAAGUCCGUUCGAACUUGAACCGCCUAUUGUUGUUUUUUGGAGGAAAGAUGUCGAGGAACGGGCGAAGAAUGUCUGGGGAGACAUGAAGAAGAUCGAUGAGGAGCGACUGAAGCGUUCCAGAGAUUAUGCCUUGAGGAAAAAAAACCUGUUUCAUCUCAAGCGGAUGCUCAAAGAAUACCAGUCUGGCGGUGCUGGGGAUGGAACCAAACAAGGUCCGACGCACGCCUUGGAGAAAGUCCGUGGCUCGAAACGAGUAGUAUUUACUGCAAUUGCAAUAAACGGUUUGAAUUGCGUGUUCAAAGCAGUGGCUUGGCUGUACACGGGGUCUUACAGUUUGUUUUCUGAGGCUCUGCAUUCGUUGGCCGACACGCUGAACCAGUGCAUUCUCGCCGUCGGAAUUUACCAGUCAGAAAGAAAAGCGGAUACAAUUCAUCCAUAUGGGUACACUAAUGCGAAGUACGUCGCAUCCCUCAUUUCUGGAGUGGGUAUAUUUUGCCUUGGCGCCGGAUUAUCGUUCUAUCAUGGGAUUGAAGGGCUUUAUCAUCCGCAUUCUGUGGAGAACAUGUUCUGGGCCUACCUCGUCCUCGGAGGCUCGAUGAUUGCCGAAGGAGGAACAUUGAUCAUGGCGAUCAAAUCAAUCAGCAAAGGCGCCAAAGAGCACGGUGUGAAAUUCAUUGAUUACGUUCUUGAAGCUAGAGACCCCACGGUAAACGUGGUGCUCUUGGAAGAUGCGGCUGCUGUACUGGGAGUUGUCAUUGCCGCCUCCUGUAUGGGACUGACCUCACUCACUGGUUCUCAUAUCCCAGAUGCGAUGGGCUCGCUUUUUGUGGGAUCCCUUCUUGGCGCUGUGGCCAUGUUCAUUAUCAAGACCAACUCCAACGCCCUCGUGGGUCGAUCGAUCUCGCCCGAGAAGAUAGUUGAAAUCAACCAGGUGCUGGAAGAGGACGUAAUGGUUCGUGCGAUCCACGAUGUUAAAGGCAUUGACAUGGGCAAUGAUUUGGUGCGAUACAAAGCGGAGGUGGACAUUGACGGCCGCCAGUUGACCCGCCGUUACUUGAAUUCUCAGGAUCUCGAACGAUUUUUUGAGGAAGUGCAGCAAAUGAAGACCAUUGAAGAGCUGGACACAUUCUUGCUAAAACACGGGGAAAACAUUGUGGAUUUGCUGGGUGCUGAGAUCGACAGGAUUGAGCAGAAAUUGAAGGCAAGAUUUCCAGAACUUCGUCAUGUCGACUUGGAAGUGCUUUGAAUACUAGCAGGAUGUGAUAGACGAGGGAUUCUUUUUUUUAAAUCUUAUAAUGAUUCUUCGGCAUCUUCUCAAGUUGUCCUGGAUUAUGUUUUGUGAUACAAACCAGAAUUACGACACAAAAAAUAAAACAGACGCAAAAGUUGAAA